AUGUGGAAUCGAUUCAUUCACGUAAAUAAUUUAUCAUCAAUAAAAAUAUUUAAACGAUUGCAGUCAUCAACACGAUAUUAUUCUAUAAAUGAUGAUAUUUAUGGUCUUACAGAUGAUCAAAAACAGUUACGAACAACUGUAUUUACAUUUGUACAAAAAGAAUUAGCACCAUACGCAAAUGAUAUCGAUCGAACGAAUACAUUCUCAAAACUUCGUGAAUUUUGGAAAAAACUUGGUGAAUUUGGUCUUUUAGGUAUUACAGCACCUGUUGAAUAUGGUGGUUUAGGUUUACAUUAUACUGAACAUUGUAUUGCUAUGGAAGAAAUAUCAUGUGCAAGUGGAUCAAUUGCAUUAAGUUAUGGUGCACAUUCAAACCUUUGUGUUAAUCAAAUUGUUCGUAAUGGAAAUCAUACACAAAAACAAACUUAUUUACCGAAACUGAUUAGUGGUGAACAUGUUGGCGCGUUAGCUAUGUCUGAACCAAAUUCAGGUUCUGAUGUUUUGUCAAUGAGAUUAAGAGCAGAAAAAAAAGAUGAUUAUUAUAUUCUUAAUGGAAAUAAAUUUUGGAUUACAAAUGGACCAGAUGCUGAUGUACUUGUUGUUUAUGCUAAAACAAAUCCAUCGAGUGAAAAACCUCAACGUGGUAUAUCAGCAUUUCUUAUUGAGAAAGGUAUGGAUGGUUUUUCAACUGGACAAAAACUUGAUAAAAUGGGUAUGCGUGGUUCGAAUACAUGCGAACUUUUAUUUGAAGAUUGUAAAGUUCCUGCAAAAAAUAUACUUGGUAAAGAAAAUCAUGGUGUUUAUAUAUUAAUGGAUGGCUUAGAUUUUGAACGUCUUGUAUGUGCAGCUGGUCCUGUUGGCUUGAUGCAAGCUUGUUGUGAUACAGCUUUUGAAUAUGCACAUGUACGUAAACAAUUUGGUCAACCAAUUGGUACUUAUCAAUUAAUUCAAGCUAAAAUAGCUGAUAUGUAUACAACAUUAAAUGCUUGUCGUUCUUAUUUAUAUACAAUAGUAAGAGCUGCUGAUAAAAAUAUUGUUAGUAGUAAAGAUUGUGCUGGUGUUAUGUUAUAUUGUGCUGAAAAAGCUACUCAAUUAUGUUUUGAUGGCAUGCAAAUUCUUGGUGGCAAUGGUUAUAUUAAUGAUUAUCCAACAAGUCGUCUUCUUCGUGAUGCGAAACUAUGUGAAAUAGGUGCUGGUACAAGUGAAAUUCGACGAUUACUUAUUGGCCGUUCGAUUAAUGGAGAGUAUGGUAUUAAAUUGUAG